AUGGAAUGCGUAGUCCGGUGCUCUAAUCCCGGCCAGGUUAUAAAAGUGGCAAUGGUCUGCCGAUCUCUGUACGAGGCAGUGGUGAGGGCGGAGGGGCUGUGGGAGCAGCUCAGCAUCAGCCAUGGAUGGAGGCGCUUCUUUCGGUUAUACGCGGCCUUCCUGUCCCGACCCAAUAGCAUGGCGCUCAUGCCGGGUGCCGAUCCCUCCGCCCUGUCCCACGGCGAGCAGCGUCUGGGCGUGGAUCUGCCCUGGGAGCUGUGGGAGCUGCUGCGCCACCGCGAUGGCCAGGCGCCCGGGGGGGCCGGGGUGGCUUUCGCGGACGACAUGCGGCUGCUGGGAGUUAAUGAGCUGGUUCUGGAGCGCCACCCGGACCUGCCGCAGAGUGACACGGAAAUCAAGAGCAAGCAACAUACACAAAAGGCAAAUGACUUGCAGCGAGACACCGAUGCGGGAAUGGACUUCGGGGCCGUCUUUCGGAGCGUCUUUGAUUUCAACACCCUCCGUCCUGCAACUUCCGCGGCAGGGGCAGCGGCAACGACCUCGACGGCACGACCCCUAGCCGUGGGGGCUCUAGGCGUCGCUGCCUCUUCCUCGGCCGCUGGGCCGAGCGCAGCUGCUGCUGCUGCUGCUGCUGCUACAGCCACCGCUACAACCCCGACGCCCGUUCCCCCGGGUCCCUUCGCGGCGCCACAAAUGGCCUCCUCGGCAGCCGCAACCUCCGGUUCCGGAGCCCAGCCCAUGGCGGCCCUGGCGGAGCAGGUGCUGACGGGGCACGGUGCCGUACAGGACGAUCCUGUGGCCGCCGCACGGCAGCUCCAGCUGUUCCUGUCGCAGUACAAGGAUCAGUACGGCCCCGAAACCGAUGCGCGCAUCAGCGCGGCUAUAGGCAAGCUGCAGGACUACAUCGAUGGCUACAGCCAGCAGCAGCUGCAGCAGGAGGGGCUUAUGGGGGCGGCGGCGGCGGCGGUCGGCAACGGGGUGGCGGAGGGCGGAGGGGCUUCUCCCGGGGAGGAUGGUGUCGUGUACCAUAACUACAUUUUGGAGCAGCUCACGGGCAUCCUGGACUGGGUCAACAACCUGCUAAUCAACAACAACCCCAAGCCGUACGUCUUUGACGCGUACGGCAGGGUACUCGAGGACCGUACCCUGGUUCUCACCCUGGAGCAGCAGCAGGAGCAGCUGAGGGCCGCAGCCAACUCGUUGAGACUGCUCAUACAGCAACUGCAGCAGGUGAACCGGCAGUACUCCACACUGGCCGACGCCGAUGAGAAGGCCGCCAUGGGGCAGGUGCUGAGCCAGCUCACCACCAUGGCGGACAGACUGGCAGUGGCGGCAACCAGGAGACCACUGCCGCCGCCAACAACAACAACAGCGGCGGCGACGGCGGCAGGGGCCGCCACCGAUCCGGCUGUCUCCGCCUCCGCCUCAGCUGUCGUCGACCUGGUGCCGUACGUUCGUCCUGAGCAGCUGUACGGCGCUGAGAAGUACCGCGACCCUCUUGUCCGUGUCCUUGACGGGGUGUAUCAGGCGGUGGUGGUGGACAGCGGCCUGCGGGAGUUCCUCGGAGGUAUUAAGCAGCUGGGGGACAGCCUGGUGACCAGCAUGGCCGUGGCCUGGACCGGGGCACCUCCCAUCGGCCGCCUCAUCGCCUACAUCGCCGCCGUGGCGGGGGUGUUGUUCGUCAUGCGCACCCGCCUUCCCCCCCAGCUGCUGGCGCCCACCAAGAUGCGGCUGCUGGGGACCCCGCUGGGGCAGGGCGGCGCCGGCGGCUCGGGUGCUGGUGGGAAGGCCGCGACCGGCGGCGGCGGUGGCGGCGGCGGCGGCAGGUCCGAACCUACCGGCACGCCUGCACCUCCCACCGUCACCAACCCCGCUGCGGCGGCCGCUUUCAACGCCAUCGCUUCCAGCAGCAGCGGAAGCAGCAACGGCCAGGCAGCCGCCGCGGCGGCGGCGGCGGCUUUUGCCGCCAUCGCCGCCAACGGCGGCGGCGGCGGCAGCGCUACUGCCACUAGCGGUCAGCCGCCGCCGCUGCAGCAAUCUCCCGUCGGUCCCAACAGCAACAGGUCGUCUGGUAAGGACCGCGAUGCGGGGCCUGGGGACUCCUGGCUGCCGCCAGAGGCCCUGCCGUCCAGCGAUCCGUACACGGCGCUCGUUGAGACGCAGGCCGCACCGGCCGCUGGCGCGAAUGUGGGAGAUGCUGCCGGCAAGAGCGACGUACGGCGGCGCAGCGGGGGUGGAGGCUUUGGCAACGGCUGGGCGACACUCACCGGUGCGGCCGCCAGCCCGGCCACAGCUGCACCUGCCGGCUCGGCGCUGUUCACAUCGCCCUCCUUCCCCAGCGGCACCGCCCAGUCACGGGGGGCCUCCGGCGGCGGCGCCGUCGGCAGUAGCAGUGGCGGUCUUGGUAACGGCGGCUGGUCGGCCGGCCGCGGCGACUGGUGGGCACUGGGCGGGUCGCAAAACCAGGUCGCGAAUCAGAGCACACAGCCGACAGCCCCACCGCCACCACCACCGCCGCCGCCGCCACCACCACGGGCGCCCACAGUGGCCGAGUCCUGGGAGGCCUUUCGUAGGACCCAGGACGCCGUACCAGUCGGCGGAGCCGCCACCGCCACCACCGGUGGCGGCGGCGGCGGCCUGCUGGACACCACUGCCGCCCUGGCGGCUGCCGCCGUCGCGGCCGCAGCGGUCGGCGCCUCAUCACCCUCCCUCGACCCCAAGCUUGCUGAGCUGGCUCGCGCCUCCGAAGACCGGCGUGUCUCUAAGGACCGCGCCCGUCUCCGCGCCACCAUCAAGGACCGGUUGCGAUGGGUGUGUCUGGCCCUGGGCCCCGUGAGCAGUGUGGUGCCCGGCGGAGAGCCGCUGCGGGAGGAGGUGGACGGGCUGCUGGCGCAGCUGGAGGCGCUGUCCCCCACCGACAAGCCGCUGAACACGGUAGUGGAUGUGGCCAGGCGGCCCACCGUGGGCUCCCCCGCCCCCCGGGUGGACCCCCUGCUGCUUGGGGAGUGGAGGCUGGUGUACGCCUCCAACGCCUCCACCAGCUCGGGGGCAUCCACCGUACCGGCGGCGGGCGGCGGCCCCAACCUACUGGCCCAGAUCCUCCAAAUCGCCGACAGCCUCCCCGGCUUCGGAAUGACACACGUGGUGCAGCGCCUGACGCUGGACGAGCAACAAAAGCAGAAGCAACAGCUGCAGGCAGUAGCCGCCAGCGGCGGCAGCCGUGGCGGCAGUGGCUCCGUCGCCGCUGGGUCCCCGUCAUCCCCCGGAUGCAUCCUGACCGAGAACAGCGCCGUGUUCCGGUUCGGCCCUCUGGGUAGCUGGCGCGUGUGUGUGCGGGGCCGGUGGGUGGACAACGGCGGUGGGCUGUGCGCAGCCGCGGAGUUUGAGUCGUUCUGUGUGCGGCCCGUGGAAUUGUGGGGGCUGCCCGUGGAGGAGCUGCUGCCGGAGGUGGUGGUUCCGGUGCCGGAGGUGCUCCGGAGCCGCAGCGAGUGGUGUACGACGUACCUGGAUGAGGACAUGCGGAUCGGCAGGGGCUCUGGGGGGGCGCUGUUUCUGUUUAGGCGCGGGGCGGGGGCAGGGGAGGGGGAGACGGCGGGCGCGGCGGCGGCGGCGGCGGCGGCGGUGUGUACAGUUCGAGCCGCUGCAGGUAUGCAGGCAGGGGAGGACAGAAGAGGGCAGGUCGGGGCCGGAGCAAGUACCGGCUGCGCUGUUGCGGUUUGCGUGCGGCCACUUGCGCUCACUUUUCACUGA